CUUUUUAACUCUUUUUUCGUCGUCCCUUCUUUGGAUUACUCGGAGUUUGGAAAGAGGGGGGGGGGGGGGGGGGCACACAAAAGAGCCUUGCGGUCGACAGCUCUUGGAGCUCGCGCGGCGGCAUUAACGCGAGUUUUUCUUCCUGGCGUGGCCCUCGCAGCCGCCGACCUGCAGGGUCCGACCCUGACCGGCAUCAAGGCCCGGUACCGGAUCGGCGAGCGCAUCAACGCCACUUGCAGCAGCGGCCCUUCCAGCGCGGGUCCCACUCUCCACUGGCUGAUUAACGAUCGAGAGCCGGACGAGGAGGAGACAGAGCAGCGUGUCGAGCUGGUGCGGGUGGGAAACCUCGAGGAGCGGCGGCAGCAGCUGGCGCUGUGGGCGCGCGACCAGCACUUCGUCAAGGGCGUCAUGCGCAUCAGUUGUGUCAUGGACGUGCCCGAGCUGGGACGCCGCGUCGCGGAGAAGUUGGUCACCAGGGCCACAACGCCACACCUCAGGCCAGAGAACCAGGAGGAAGGGGUGGUCCUGUCAGUUCCCAGCAUAGUCAUUCUUGACGGUGGCUUCUGGCUCAACUGUAGCUCACCUGGGGCACAUUCCAUACAGUGGUUGAAGGAUGGCCAAGAAUUCUACGAGUAUUCCUCCACAGGCAGCAGCAGCCCAAAAAUUGACAACAGCGUUCCAGGCAUCCAUGUCAAUGAGGAUGUUUCAUACAGAGGCCAUGUCUACCUAAGCCAUUCUGAACUUGCCACUGAAGGUACCUACACCUGCAAGGUGAAACUGCCAAGUUAUCGUACCAAGGUCUCUGAAAAGAAGCUCCAAGUAUAUGCUCUUCCAAGUAAAGACCCAGAAAUUGAAAAUCUCCAAAUGGCCUACAAGAUUGGAGAUGCCAUCAAUGUUACCUGUUCUAAUGGGCCAUCAAAGCCUGCUGCCAUUCUGAUGUGGUACGUCAAUGGCGGUCGGGUGGAUGAUAAUGUGACAGACCGAGCCGAAAUUCCAACAGGAAAAGGCACCUUUUAUGCAGUGGCCAGACUUGAAGUGCCAGCAGAGCCUACGCUCACAAAUAACAGGUCACUCACACUGAAGUGCGAAGCGUACAUUGGUGAUGAGUAUUCCAGCAGUGCAGAACGGCUCAUCGACAUUCUCCACCCACAAGCAUGGGCAAGCCUUUAUGGUUCCGGAAGCUGGCGACAUGGCCCCAUCUGGAUCAUUACUGUCUUUACCACUGCUCUUGCAGCGCUCUGCUGUAGUCUUUGAGUGUGGGACAAUCGUAUUUCUGCCUUGUAUUAUAAGUGUACAUAAUUGUCAGAACAAAUAUUUGUUUCUUGUUAAAGUAAUAAAGUUAACUUGAAGAGUA